AUGCUCGAACUACUCGGUCCGCUGGCCGCUAUGGACCAGUCCACACUUCUCAAGUCAGCUUCGCAGCUGCUCAACACGCUUGCGCCCGGUACCAACUUCGAUCUGCCGGUAGCGCCCGGUGGUGAUGCGGGACUGGCCAACUCGGCAUCGACCUUUAUCGGCUUUGCUAUCCGAGCCAUCCUCUUUGGCUAUGUGCUCAACUGGGCGAGGCGCAUCUAUGCUGCGGUAUUGUACAAGGCCAACAAGCUUCUCUUCCCAACGGCGCACAUCUUACAAAGCGAUUCCGCUUACAGCUGGGUCCAAAGCUGGAUGGCGGCCGACCCGAACGUCCAGAACCAGCUGGACGACUUUAUGCUCUCGACGCGCGAGUCCAGCAAGGCGAGGGGCGGCGAUCGGAACCUACUUCGGAGUGGGCGAUACGACGAUGACGACGACGAGUUCUUGGAGCAAGUCAUUCGAAUACGCUACAAGGGGUGCUGGAUAUGGGUGUCCAACGAGCCAGGUGGUAAUCCGUAUAGAGUGCAUGGUGGAACUAUGAAGAUCACGACUUUGGGAUAUCAAAAACAUGCUCUACGGUCCUUCCUUGCUGCCGCGCAUGCCGCCUUCUACGCCAAGGAGGAGCGGGAGCUGCUCAUCUUCCACUCAGAGAGCGGUGCGGGCUAUACCGAGUGGCAGGACCCGAUUUCCAGGCCCUCCAGACCUUGGAGCUCCGUCAUCCUCCCUCUCAAGGAGCCGAUACUCAAGGACAUGGAGCGCUUUCUGUCCAACAAGGAGUCGAGGUGGUAUGCUGCUCGAGGCAUUCCCCAUCGAAGAGGUUACCUCUUCCACGGUGAGCCGGGAGCUGGCAAGACAACCCUAGUCACCGCCCUCGCCAGCCGCCUUCGCUUGGAUAUCUACGUCAUCAGUAUCUGCCAAAACGGGAUGGACGAUAACAAACUAAGCGAGCUCUUCCGGAAUUGCCAGCCGCAUAGCAUCAUUCUCCUCGAGGACAUAGACCGGAUAUUCUCCGCCAAUCAAUCCAUCUCUACCGGCUCAUCAUCCACCAUCGGCCCCAAGACUGCUUCUGGAGAUGGCAGCAGCACCCCAUUCAUCCUCACUCCUCCUCAGAAUGGCGAGGUCGAAGCUGCAAUCAGCGGAGGUCCGGAAGGGCAGGAGCAAACGGAGGAGAAGAAGGAGCCAUCGGUGGUGACGAUGUCGGGGCUGCUGAACGCUAUCGAUGGGGUGUCUAGUCAGGAAGGAUGCAUCCUCAUUGCUUCGACCAACCAUCCCGAGAAGCUCGACCCAGCUCUCACUCGCGCAGGCCGCUUCGACGUGCGCGUCCCCUUCCACUCUGCCAGCCCCGAACAAGCUCGACUCCUCUUCCUCCACUUCUUCCCCGCCGAGGACUUCCGGCAGGACCACAAGACGGACGAUCCUCUCAGCUCCGAGGUGAAGCUCGCCGACUCCGGCGUCAGCCUCACGGAUACUCUCGACCAGGCGGAGCUGGACAGUCUGGCAAGGGCUUUCUCCGAGGCGGUCUUUCCGAAUGGAGGGGCGGGGGGGGUGGAGGGGACUCGGGUGGCGAUGGCUAGUAUGCAGGCGUACCUCCUCAACUUCAAGGAGAGCCCGAGGAUGGCGGUCAGUCAGGCGGCCGAAUGGGCGAGGUCAGCAGAGAAGGGGGGAUUGCUGCUGGAUUCUCCGACCAUGAUUGACUUCGCUUAG